GUUACAGCGCAGGUGCACUGUGAGCAGAGCUGCUGGCACUCUUUAACUCCAGAGGUCUAACUAACUUAUCGUGCUAGGUAUCGCUGGGGCGAGGCUUUGACACCAUCUAUCGAAAAUGACUCAGAAAUGAGUCUCUAGCGUUCGCUGUUCAGAUCGGUCGCGAGCUCUUCUUCUCCUGGUCCAAACACAAGCCUGACAAUGCCUAAGCCUAUCAAUGUUCGUGUCACCACAAUGGAUGCCGAGCUGGAAUUUGCAAUCCAGUCGGUUACAACAGGCAAACAGCUCUUUGAGCAGGUGGUGAAGACGGUGGGUUUGCGUGAGAUCUGGUAUUUUGGCCUGCAAUACACAGACACCAAAGGCUUUCUGACAUGGCUGAAACUGGACAAAAAGGUGUCUUCUCAAGAGGUGAAGCAAGAGAACCCUCUGCAGUUUAAGUUUCGGGCCAAGUACUACCCUGAAGAUGUGUCUGAGGAGCUGAUUCAGGACAUCACAAAGAAGCUUUUCUUCCUGCAAGUGAAGGAAGGCAUCUUGAGCGAUGAGAUCUACUGCCCUCCAGAGACAGCCGUUCUGCUGGCUUCCUAUUCUGUUCAGGCCAAGUUUGGAGACCACACACCAGAAACACACAAACCUGGAUACCUAAUGAGCGAGCGGCUUCUGCCUCAGAGAGUUCUUGACCAGCACAAACUCUCUAAAGAGCAAUGGGAGGAGAGGAUCCAGAUUUGGCACGAGGAGCACAGAGGCAUUCUCAAGGAAGAUGCCGUGCUGGAGUAUCUAAAGAUCUCACAGGAUUUAGAAAUGUAUGGCGUCAACUAUUUCGACAUCAAGAACAAGAAAGGAACAGACCUGUGGUUAGGAGUAGAUGCUUUGGGACUUAACAUCUAUGAAAAAGAUGACAGGUUGACUCCAAAAAUUGGAUUUCCUUGGAGUGAAAUAAGGAACAUCUCAUUCAAUGACAAGAAGUUCAUAAUCAAACCCAUUGACAAAAAAGCUCCCGACUUUGUGUUCUAUGCAUCUCGUCUGCGCAUUAACAAGCGCAUCCUGCAGCUGUGCAUGGGAAACCAUGAACUUUACAUGCAGCGCAGGAAACCUGAUACUAUUGAGGUGCAGCAGAUGAAGGCUCAAGCCAGGGAGGAGAAACACCAGAGACAGAUGGAGAGAGCCCAGCUAGAAAAUGAGAAAAAGAAAAGGGAGACAACGGAGAGAGAAAAGGAGAGGGUGGAGAGAGAGAAGCAGGAGAUGAUGAUGAAGCUUCUUCAGUUUGAAGAGCAGACCAAAAAGGUUGAAAGAGAUCUGAAAGAGCAGUUUGAGAGGGCACGGAUACUGGAGGAAGAGAGGCGGCGGGUGGAGGAGGAGGCGGCACGUCUGGAGGCUGAGAGACAGGCGGCGCUGAUGGCUAAAGAAGAGCUGGCCAGGCAAGCUGAGGACCAGAUGAAAACUCAGGAGCAGCUGGCAGCAGACCUGGCAGAAUACACUGCAAAGAUUACCUUGCUGGAGGAAGCCAGGAGAAUCAAGGAAGAAGAAGCCAAUGAAUGGCAGAACAGGGCUAAAGAGGUACAGGACGAUUUGGAAAAGACCCGUGAGGAGUUGCAGCAUGUUAUGUCGUCUCCUGUGGUUGCUGCCCCCAUGGCUGCACCCAUGGCUGCGCCCAUGGCCCGGGCCAUGAUGGAGGAACCCCUGGAGAACGAUCAUGAUGAUCAUGAGGAGAACAACAGCACCUACAGUGCUGAGCUGCAGGUGGAGGGCAUUGAGGACCACCGCAACGAAGAGGAGCGCAUCACAGAGGCAGAGAAGAACGAGCGCGUGCAGAAACAGCUCAUGGCCCUGAGCUCUGAGCUGGCCGAGGCGCGAGAUGACUCUAAGAAGACUAAGAACGACAUUCUGCACAAUGAAAAUGUACAAGCCGGGAGGGACAAGUACAAGACGCUGCGUCAGAUCCGCAUGGGCAACACCAAGCAGAGAAUAGAUGAGUUCGAAGCCUUAUAAUGGCUGAUAAAUUCUCCAAUAAAAGCCGAGUACCAGCAGCACUUGCUGUUCAAAGGUGAAUUUAUCUAAUUGCCACAAAUGGCCUCAUUUGUCCUUGUCAUUGAAAAGACUGGAUUAUUUACACAGUCUGUACACACUACACAAGUAGUGUAGGUUUUUUUUUCUUUUUUCUGACAAAUAUGGAAAACACAGGCACUAAAAUUAUAUGUGUAUGUUGUUCAAGUUUGCAUUGAGAACACUCUUGAGAUCUUAUUUAUGCUAACUGUGCCAAAGGCUUUGGCUUGAGAAAUCAUGUCAUCUUAUAUGGGAACCUUUUUAUUAGUGCUAACUUAAGAUCUUUUGCAUUCAAAAUGUGGUGGAGCUUCAUGUUGUGUCCUGAAACAUUCACAUCACUUGCUCACAAAAUGGAGGUUUUAUGUUUAAAAAGGCUGAAAAGGACAAAUCCAAAAACAAAAAGUGAAAAUAUAUUAUGAUAGAGAAUUAUAGAUAAUUAUCUAAAACAUGAAUGUGAUCAAAUAGUGGCCAUAGCAAACAAGUCAAUGGUUUUUAACAGAUUUUGAUUAAAGAAAUGCUACAUAGUAAAUUAGAUUUGUAUAUUUUCUAUGUAAAAUUUUAAAAUAAAUAUAUUGAUUUGAAUUAA